UCCGGGUGCGAUAAAGACUGCUCCUGCCUCCAUGGGGGGACGUGCGAGCGCAACAGUGGCGUCUGUUCCUGCCCCGCCGGCUGGAUAGGCCAGUUCUGCCAGGACCCUUGCCCUCAGGGCAAAUAUGGUUGGGGCUGCAUCUACCAGUGCAGCUGCAGCAAGAACGAAAUGUGUGACUUCGUCUCAGGGGCCUGCCACUGCUCUCCCGGCUGGCGAGGGUCCUCAUGUGACACUCAAUGUCCAGAUGACUUGUGCACCAGCCCAUGUCCCGUUGGGUGGUGGGGAGCCAACUGUUCACAGGUCUGCAACUGUGACAACGGCGGCACGUGUGACCGCGUGACCGGCAAAUGCAAGUGCCUUGCUGGCUUCCUUGGGGACAGGUGUGAGAACGAAUGUCCAUUGGGAACGUACGGAGUGAACUGCACCGAAGCUUGUAAAUGCAAGAACGGAGGCACCUGCUCCCCAAUAUCCGGCCGCUGCACCUGCACAGAGGGGUGGCUGGGAGAUGACUGCUCUGAGUCUGUCUGCCCUGACCAUAAGUUCGGUCCUAGCUGUAACCAGUCGUGCUCAUGUGAGGCUGCAGGGACGGAGAGAUGUGAGGAGACCUGUGUGCACGGCAUGCAUGGUACGGCAUGCAGGUACCCCUGUUCCUGCGUGUGGCCGAACACCGAUGGCUGCCAUCCAGAGACAGGGGCGUGCUACUGCAAACCAGGCUUCCGGGGCGUGAAUUGCGAGAGUCGCUGCUUUCGUGGUCUCUACGGCGGAAACUGCAGCAGGAGCUGCGGCUGCAAGAACGGAGGGUCUUGUCACCCUGAGACCGGCAAGUGUCAAUGCGGUCGCGGAUGGCAGGGGGCGGACUGCCAAACCCCUUGUCCCCUGAAUAAAUAUGGCGUCAACUGCAACCAGGACUGCCCUCCGUGCACCCAUGGCAACGGUACGUGCGACCACAGGACGGGGGCGUGCGUGUGCGCCAGCGGGUGGAGGGGACCUCGCUGCGACCGCUCCUGCCCCGAGGGCCGCUGGGGCUAUGAGUGCGCCAACGCCUGCCGGUGCCACAACGGGGGCGAGUGCAAGCCGGAGACCGGGGUGUGCGUGUGUCAGCCCGGUUGGACGGGUGUGGACUGCUCGCAGCCCUGCACCCCCGGUUUCUUCGGCUACAACUGCCAGCAGCGCUGCCACUGCCACAACCACGCCUCCUGCCGACCCUCCGACGGCCUUUGCGAAUGCCUGCCGGGCUGGACGGGUCUCGGCUGUGCACAAACGUGCCCUGCUGGCUUCUACGGUCUGCAGUGUCUGGGGGUCUGCAGCUGCUCUUCUGAUCAGUUCAUCUGCCACCACGUGGACGCCUGCACGUGUCGCCCCGGCUUCGGAGGCGACCGAUGCGAUGAGCCCUUGACCAGCGCCGUCUCUAACUUGGAGUCGUCGCGACGACACCUCAUGGUUGGCAUCACCGUGGGCUUUGUCUGCCUCAUCGUCUUAGCUGUCAUCGUGUGUUUGGUCUACCGCAGGCGACGUACGGAGGGCCAGCUGAGGGAACGCUCCUUGUUGCAGCUUACCGCUCGCCCUCUCACCUCCGAGGGUAUGCCAAGAAUUGAAAAGUCGGAUGUUCAGGAAGAUGACUUCUGGGCUGAGAUGGUGCAAGCGCAGAAGCAGAGCAAGAUGGCCGACAGGGAACACAAGAUGGCCGACAGGGAGCACACGGCACAUUAUGACCUGCUCAGCAUGUAGCCGUUUAUACACGAUGUCCUGCUCAGCAUUUAGAACCUUUAUUCAUGACAAAAAGAAAACUAGCAUAAGAAUAUAAUAAGUAUCAGAAAAGACGAGUAAAAGUAUAUAAGGAAUAUUCAGGAAUGCAAGUAUUAGUACACGAAAUCGUAUAUAAAUACAAACAAAUAUGAAUGCUUCUGAUUCAAGGAUCUUAGAUGUUCUGCAUAUUUUUAUUUCAAAUAGAAAACUUGUCUCAACAAUGCUUAUUAUUCCUAGCGCUUGAAAUUGAGAGUUGGUAGUUUUUUCGCAUAAAUCAAUCCCCUUUGUGUAGAAUUAGUUUUCUCAUUUAAUUUGUGUACUUGUAUUAUAUAAAGUUUUGAGAGAAGCCGGGCUCCGAAGUUAACGAUACAUAAAAAUAAAAUAUUUGUUUGCCUUAUCUUUGAUUUUGAA